AUGGCAGCACCAACCCCGAAAAGUCCCCCCCCCCCCCCCCCCCCAACCCUCCCCUCCCCUCCCUCCUCCUCUGACUCAUCCAUAGAAACUCCUGCGCGUCUCCACCUGACUCACUCCUCCCUGCUCCUCCAGCCGGUCUCCUCCUCUCCCUCCGCCUCACACUCACCCCUCAGCGGCGGCCUCACACCCCCCAGCGGCGGCCUGACACCCGGACGAAGCACCGGCAUGCUGUGGAAGUCCCGGAGCAAGAUCGAGGCCGCGCAGUUUUUCACGGAAUCUGCGUCCAAAGACGACUCAAACCGAGAGCAGGAGAGCAGCUGCUGCGCAUCAUCUGAUGGAGCGCUGAGCGGGAUCCCGCCCGGACACACCUGUGCGUCACCUUCACUUCUCGUUCGGGGCUUCCGGAGCAUCCAGAUGUUGAUCCACAGCUACACGGCCAUGGAGCGCGCGGACGGACUCAGCGGCUCCUCCCCGGGGGGGCGCCUCUCCCAGCUGUCCUCCCUCAACCAGGCCGCCUACUCCGCGGCCCCGCCGCUCUGCCACACUCCGGCCUCCGACUUCCAGCCGCCGUACUUCCCCCCGCCGUACCCGCAGUCCUCCCUGCCCUACUCCCAGAGCCAGGACUCGGCCUACUCCCACCUGUCGGACCCCUACCCCUCCAUCAACUCCAUCCACCAGCACCAGCAGGCGGCAUGGCACGCGCAGAGGUCGCGCUCCGAGGAGGGGGGGCUGCUGUCUCAGUCUCACCGGGCGCUGGGCCUGGACCCCCGCAGAGAAUACCCCGCCGUGCCGCGGCUCCUGCACGGCCUCGGAGAGGGGGCGGCGGCUCUGGGGGACGGAGCUCUGGGGAUGCACCUGGGCCACCACGGCCUGGAGGACCUCCAGGGAAUGGAGGAAGGAUCCGCCCUGGGCAUCCUGGACCACUCUGUCAUUAAAAAAGUGCCCAUCCCGGCCAAGCUGAACGGCUCGGCCCUGUCGGCGCUGUCCAUGGGGAAGGAGGGGCUGGGCAUGGGCGCCGUGUCCAACCCGGCCGAGGUCUUCUGCUCCGUCCCGGGCCGCCUGUCGCUGCUCAGCUCCAACUCCAAGUACAAGGUGACGGUGGGGGAGGUGCAGCGGCGGCUGUCGCCCCCCGAGUGCCUGAACGCCUCCCUGCUGGGCGGAGUGCUGCGCAGGGCGAAGUCCAAGAACGGCGGCCGCUGUCUGCGGGAGCGUCUGGAGAAGAUCGGCCUCAACCUGCCCGCCGGGCGCCGCAAGGCCGCCAACGUCACCCUGCUGACGUCGCUGGUGGAGGGUGAGGCCGUCCACCUGGCGAGGGACUUCGGCUACGUGUGUGAGACCGAAUUUCCAGCCAGAGCCACAGCGGAGUACCUGUGCAGGCAGGGCGACCCGGACCAGCUGCCGACCCGCCGCAGCAUGCUGCUGGCCACAAAGGAGAUCUGUAAGGAGUUCCUGGACCUGCUGUCCCAGGACCGGUCCCCGCUGGGCGGCGGCCGGCCGGCGCCCUGCCUGGAGGCCGGCGUGCAGGCCAGCCUGACCCACUUCAGCCUGCUGACCCACGGCUUCGGGGGGCCGGCCAUCGGCGCCGCGCUGGCCGCCUUCCAAAGCUACCUGCUGGAGGCCCUCAAGCUGCUGGACAAGGCCCAGAACGGCGGGAAGGGCCUCCACGACAAGGACCUGAAGCUCCGCAAAUAG